AUGGAUUCUUCGCAAAUGAGCACCUCAAAUGCACGUGCUUCUGACGCCACUCCCGACGGGAUGACUACAAACCGAAGAAUUAUAAACGUAACUCAUAUGAUUCCUUUCGACCCUCGCAUGAAGGUCUCGGAUACGGAGGGCGUGCAGUGGGAACUGACAACACGAAGAGGUCAUUCCGCCCUCUACUCAGGUAUUCGUUCGUUGGAUGCUGAGUGGAAUAACUAUCAUGUGGGAUUUGUGGGUCCAGUGUUUGACGAAGAAAAGCAGGUGGAGUCGAGUCAUCUCACUAAUGACCAUAAAAAGAGCUUGGAGGGUUGUUUAGCUAAGUUCAAGGUGGUACCUGUGUGGCUUGAGGAUGCGGAACAUCAUGGUCACUACGAGGGAUUCUGUAAAACCGUGCUAUGGCCAUUAUUCCACUACAUCUUAUGGGAAAAUGCGACUGAUGGUCGUGAGGAGAAGAUCAACUGGGAACAAUAUUUAAAGGUGAAUUCAAGAUUCACUGACAAGAUUUGUGAAGUCUAUCAACCUGGUGAUUUAGUUUGGAUACACGAUUAUCAUCUUUUGAUGGUACCUCAAAUGUUACGCAAGAGGAUACCAAAUGCGGCGAUCGGUCUAUUCAUUCAUGCUCCCUUCCCAAGCUCGGAAAUCUUUCGAUGUUUGCCGAGACGAAAAGAAGUGUUGAAUGGGAUGUUAGGGGCCAAUCAAAUAGGAUUUCAGACGUAUUCUUAUGCGCGACAUUUCACCAGCAAUUGUACGCGCAUUCUUGGAUACGAAUCUACUCCUGGUGGUGUCGAUUGCAAGGGAUCAAUAGUUUCGGUCGGACCAUUCCCGAUUGGUAUCGAUACUGGACGGAUUGAAAAACAAAGGAAACAACCUGAAGUUUUACAAAGAAUGAAUGCGAUCAGGGAAAUGUUUCCAGGAAAGAAGAUCAUCGUUGGUAGGGACAAAUUGGAUUUGGUUAAAGGCGUAAUCCAAAAGUUACGCGCCUUCGAUAAAUUUUUGUCCCUAUAUCCGGCCUGGCAGAAUAAAGUUGUGCUUAUCCAAGUUACAUCACCUGCGCUCACUGAAUCACCAAAACUUGAACGUAAGGUCGCAGAGCUCAUCGCCCACAUAAAUGCUACCUAUGGAUCCUUAGAAUAUACACCCGUUCACCACUACCACAAUAACACCGGUGAAGUUGAUUAUUUUGCGUUACUGAGCGUGGCCGACAUAGGUUUAAUUACUUCGGUGCGUGACGGAAUGAACACUACCUCACUAGAGUAUAUCAUGUGCCAACAAGAGAAUUAUGGACCGCUGAUAUUAAGUGAAUUCACAGGGAUGGCAGGAUCGCUGAGUGCAUCGAUUAUGGUAAACCCAUGGGAUUACACCGGUGUCGCCAAGGCUAUUAAUGACGCCCUACUGUUGCCUGUUGAAGAAAAACGGGUUAAACAUAUGCAAUUGUUAAAACAUGUGACAAGCCACACCGCUCAAUUCUGGGCUAGAUCAUUUAUCAAAGAGCUCCUAUCCAGCUUAAGCAUCCGAGAUCAAACAAACGUAACUCCUUACUUAGAUAUUCCAACGUUAUUGAAGAAAUACAAAGCUGCAAAGAGGCGGUUGUUACUCUUUGAUUACGAUGGUACGCUCACACCAAUCGUGAAUACACCAAGUCAAGCAGUACCUUCACCUCAUAUGCUUGAACUACUGCAGGAACUCACCAACGAUCCAAAGAACACUGUUUGGGUGGUGUCAGGACGAGAUCAAGAGUCAUUACAGAGAUGGUUGGGAAAGGUAAAGAAACUUGGCUUCAGCGCCGAGCACGGUUCUUUCUUAAAGAACCCGGAUAGUGAUAAAUGGAUCAAUCUCACUGAAGAUAUAGAUAUGUCAUGGAUGCAUGAUGUCGAUGAAAUAUUUACAUAUUUUACUGAGCGUACUCAAGGUUCAUCUAUUGAAUACAAACGAUCAUCGAUCACCUGGCACUACCGACAGGCCGAUCCUGAAUAUGGUGCAUUUCAAGCCAAAGAAUGUCAAAACCACCUCGAAAGUGCAAUAUUACCAAAAUUGCCUGUGGAAAUCUUGGCCGGUAAGAAAAAUUUGGAAGUACGUCCCACGUUGAUCAACAAGGGUGAAAUUGUGAGACGCCUACUAACCAAUAUGCCUGACGUGGAUUUCGUGUUCUGCGCGGGUGACGAUCGAACCGAUGAGGAUAUGUUCCGAGUAAUAAAAAAAUCAGAACUGCCUGAGGACAUCUAUUUCUGCACGACCAUAGGUGCAGCGAAUAAAAAAACCAUGGCAGGAUGGCACGUGGCAACAUCAGAAGAGGUCAUACAGAUGAUAAGAAGAAUCGUUAUGCAUGAAAACGGCGUAAGCAACAGUGAAGUUGGUGAAUCAUAA